AUGAAUCGUGUAAAACUAGUUUAUUGUGUUAAUUUUGUUGUUGUUAUUGCAUUGAUAAUACAUUCUGUAAAAACCCAGGAAUUAUGUCGCAUGCCGAAUAAUUCACAGGGUCAUUGUGUACCCUUCAAUCAGUGUAGUUUAAUUAAAAGACUACACGAGAGAUAUCAGGGAAAUGUACCGCAGCAUAUCUAUCCGUAUAUACAGCAAUUGAGAUGUUCGCGAGACAAUGAAGCUGUGGUACGACUCUGUUGCGAACACGAUACAAUUCUUAGGUCAACAACGGAACAAUCGUCGGUUACGGGAAAUAAUUUAUAUUUAAAUCCAACGGAAGAUUUUCACAGACAAUUGAAUGCAGCAGGUUUUGAUAUACUAAAUGGACUGCGUUGUGGGACGGAUAAUGGAAAUCGCAUUGCCGGUGGUAAUGCAACAAUGUUGGCCGAAUUUCCAUGGAUGGCAUUAAUAAAAUAUCGUGGUCCAUCUGGUGAUCAAUUCCGUUGCGGUGGUUCAUUGAUAACCCAUCGUUAUAUUCUGACGGCGGCACAUUGUGUCAAUACCCUGGAUCCAGUAAUUGGUGUUCGUCUAGGCGAACAUGACAUAUCAACAGUACAGGAUUGCAUGAAGACGGGACCAAAGAUAAAAUGUAAUCCACCGGUGGAAGAUUUUGGCAUUGAAAAUAUUGUAACGCAUCCUGAGUAUAACAAACGGAAACAUGUCAAUGAUAUUGCUCUAAUCAAGCUGGAUCGUAAUGUUGAAUUUAAAAAACACAUUGAACCAAUUUGUCUGCCCAUUAAUGUGAAUGUUGUUCAGACACGACCAGAGGAUCAUUUUCUAAUUGCCGGUUGGGGUUUUACCGAAAGAGGCAGUACAUCAAACAUUCUACUUAAAGCCCAAGUCACCCAAUUACCCGUCUCGACGUGCAGCGUUAAAUAUUCAAUUGAAUUGAGUGAAACGCGUCAUUUGUGUGCCGGUGACGACGUAAUUGGCAGUGACACUUGCAGCGGUGACAGCGGUGGUCCAUUGAUACAAUUCGGUCCAUAUAAAGAUAAAAAGCGUUUUAUACAAUACGGCGUGGUGGCAUCGGGACGUAAUGCUUGUAUAUUGAAUCAAAAUUUGCCGGGUGUCUAUACGAAUGUUAGCAAUUUUAUGCCAUGGAUAACACAUCAUAUUGUGCGCUGA